CGAGUAUGUGAGGUACGGAGGAGAGAGGAAUUGGGUGGGGGGAGCAGGUAUACGUGCUAUCAUCUAUAAAAAAGCUAGCAUCGAGUAACUAUCGGCAGUGCCUGGCUACCAUGCCGCGCGGUGGAGAUGGCGUGGCCGGCGGCACCAUCCACGUCGUCAUGUUCCCCUGGCUCGCCUUUGGGCAUAUCAGCCCAUUUGCGCAGCUAGCGCGCAUGCUCGCCUGCGGCAAGGAAGGGGUCCGAGUAACUUUCCUGACGGCCGCGGGGAACAGUCGCCGUGUAGAGGCCAUGCUGGCGUCCGCCGCUGACGCGGUGACAGUUGUGCCGCUGCACCUUCCCCACGUCCCGGGGCUGCCCACGGGAGCCGCAAGCACCGCGGAGCUUUCGGCGGACGGCGCCGAGCUGCUCAAGGUCGCCGUUGACGGUACCAGGCCACAGGUGGAAGGGCUGCUCGCCGAGCUCCACCCUGACGCCGUGGUAUUCGAUUUCGCCAACCCGUGGGUCUGCGACAUCACCAGGCCUCUCGGCAUCAAGGCGCUUCAGUUUAGUGUCUUCUCCGCCAUCUCCAGCGCCUACUAUAUGGUCCCCGCACGCCGCCUCCACGGGCGGUGCCCGUCCCUCCACGAUCUCAUGUCCGCCCCUACCGGCUUCCCGUCAGACUCGGUGCUCGCCACCGUUCCGGCCUAUCAGGCCGCCGAUUUCACCUACAUAUACACCAGCUUCGACGGCCAGCCAUGCGUCUACGACCGUGUAGUAGCCGGCGUCGAGGCUUGCGAUGGCAUCAUCAUCAAGACUUGCACCGAGAUGGAGGGCCCCUACAUCAAUUAUUUCUCCUCCCAGUAUGGCAAGCCCGUGCUCCUCGCCGGACCUGUCGUGCCGGAGCCACCGCAAGGCGAGCUCGAGGAGAGGUGGGCCCGCUGGCUCUCCUCAUUCCCAGAAGAUGCCGUCAUCUUCGCCUCGUUUGGCAGUGAGACGUUCCUGCCGGUCCCCGCCGCGACAGAGCUUCUCUUGGGCCUAGAGGCCACCAACCGUCCGUUUCUCGCAGUGCUCAAUUUCCCCAAGGACGCGGACCCCGAGGCAGAGAUCAAGGCGCGCAUCCCUCCUGGGUUCGAAGACAGGGUGAAAGGGAGAGGCGUGGUGCACACGGGAUGGGUGCAGCAGCAGCACAUCCUGCGGCACCGGAGCGUCGGAUGCUUCUUGAACCACGCUGGGUUCAGCUCAGUGGUGGAGGGACUCGUCGCAUCCUGCCGUCUGGUGCUGUUGCCGAUGAAGGGCGACCAGUACGUUAACGCCGCGUUGUUCGCUCGCGAGCUGCAAGUCGGCGUGGAGGUGACGCGGCGCGAUGAGGAUGGGUGGUUCGGGCGCGCGGACCUGACCGAAGCUAUCGCUGCUGCGGUGGCCCCAAGCGGGUUAGGGGAUGGGAGGAAAUGGAGGAAGUUCUUGAUGGACGACGCCGUGAAGAGGAGGUUCGUGGACAAGUUCGUCGAGGACCUCAAGGAUCUCGUCCGGGCGGCCUAAGUGGAAACUUUAUGUGUAAUAGAGGCUUACAACCUGAAGCAUCAGAAUAAUGUUGGUAUGUAUUGAGAAAUUCUCGUCAGAAUCUGUUCUUGCGGUUCUCUGAAUGUACGCUGCGCUUUUCUUUGUUUUCUUAUUUUCUCUUAUGGAUGGCCGUGUUAUUAA